AUGGCUGUACAACCCACCCUCGCUCCUCGUGCCACGGCGCUGUGGGAGCGACAACAAACCGGUGAUCCUUUCGACAUCUUUCCAAGCAGCUUGUUCGACGGUCCCGGCAACACUGAUUCCAUCGCUACCAGUGCCACCACACCGUCAACCACGUCAUCUAGAACUACCUCUACAACCUCACGACGAACUACAUCCUCUACAUCUUCUACACCAACCUCCACCUCUACCUCAUCGUCCACUUCCACCACCUCGACCUCGAGUACGCCCACCAUCACGUCCACCACCUCGUCCUCCUCUUCUUCCACCGUCAUCACCACCUCUUCCCCGACCACGCUCGUCACCACUUCAAACCUUGUUUCGGGCACAAGCACUUCCCAAGUCGUCACCACCGUCGUCGUCACUCCCGUCGUCACCACCACUGCCUCAGCAAAUAGGGCCAACGCCAAUCGCUCCAGCACCAAUGCUGGCCUCAUCGGCGGCGUGGUUGGCGGUGUUGUCGGCGGCCUCAUCCUCCUCGCCCUCUUGAUCGCCCUCUGCUGCAUGGCCAGCAGGCGAAAGUCGCGCACUGGUCACGCAUACUUCCUCUGCUUUGGUGAGCGACCUUCCCGAAACAGCGCUGGCGAUCUCGGCCAUAGCGGUGGUGCUUGGCCCACGUUUGAUCCGCAGAACGAUCAUGUCUCGUCCUCCUACGCUGCCGGCGCUGCAGGCGUUGGUGCGGGCGCAGCUGCUGGUGCCGCUGGCGCUGCUGCAGCCGGUUCUCGCAGCCGUCGUAAUCGUCGUGACCAGGGCAACGCAACCCUCCCCGCCCAGUUUGCCAACGACGACGAUCCCGAAAGAUAUGGCUACACUGGCUCCAAUGUCGGUCAAGACGCCUACAACGAUUAUCAGGGCUACCACGGCUACAACUCGAACGCUUACGCCUCCGACGGCUACCCAGACAUGCAGGAACGUCCGUCUCGCAACGGUGCAGGCGCCCUCGCAGCUGGUGCAGCUGCUGGCGGUGCUGCAAGUCACCUCUACAACAAUGCAAGCUCCCCGGGCAACAACCGACGUUCUUCGCACGGACACCAGUCAUACGGCUACCACUCGCAGCAGGAUAGCUACAAUACUGCCAACAUGUCUCCUGCUGCUGAGAGCGCCGCUCCCGCUCCUUGGACGCUUCCCAUGAUGGGCUGGCACGACACUCACGGUCCUUAUUCGGUCGCCGGCGUGGGACAGAACCUUGCCAACUCGCCUCCUCAAGCCCAGUUCAUGGUCUCCCCCUCGGAAGCCAAUGCUGCCAACGCUGCCGCUGCGGCUGCUACUGCACGCAACGUACCUGCCCAGACCCGCUCCCCCGGUCCCGACUACAGCCACUUUGACCCUCCCGAGGUGCGCGACGCUCGAGCACGCCAAGCUGCUGCUGCUGCCCUUGGUUCCGGAGGCGGCUUCUCACGUACUCAGAGUUACAACAAACCAACUUCGCCUCGCAGGCAAAGUCGACGCCUCUCUUCCAACCACGGCAGCCCGGUCAGUCAGACGCAUGGCUUGGUCGGUGGCAUAUCGCCACCUGCCUAUGUGGAUGCGCAGGAUGAGCUCGAGGAAGUGGACGACCAGCCGCGUCGAUUGCAUCUGGCCAAUGCCGAGCCUGAUCUGACCGAAGACGACAGUUCCAGAGGUGGGCCCAGCCGUCGUCCAGCUCACAACCACAAAGACCCUCCUCCCUCGUCGACCUAUCGAUCCAACCAGUAG